GAUUUUAAAUACCUUGGAUCCACUCUAAUACCAAAUGGUGAGACGGUCACUGAAGGAAAUAAAAUGUUACUUGUGGAAGCGUUACGAGCCUUAGCUGAACUUUUAAUUUGGGGCGAUCAAAAUGAUAGCGCAGUUUUUGAUUUCUUCUUGGAACGCCAAAUGUUAUCACAUUUUUUAUCGAUAAUGAGGCAAAAAUGCGGCUCAUAUAUAUGUGUUCAAUUGCUGCAAACAUUGAAUAUUUUGUUUGAAAAUAUGCGUCAUGAGACAUCAUUAUAUUUUCUUCUCAGCAACAAUCAUAUCAAUUCGAUAAUAACGCAUAAAUUCAAUUUCGAUAAUGAAGAGAUCAUGGCCUAUUAUAUAUCAUUUCUUAAAACUCUUUCGUUUCGCCUCAAUACAAAUACAAUACAUUUCUUCUUUAAUGAGGCCAGUCGUGAAUUUCCUUUAUAUGUUGAAACAAUUAAAUUUUUCAAUCACAGUGAAUCAAUGGUGCGUAUUGCUGUGCGAACUAUUACCUUAAAUAUUUAUAAAGUACGAGAUGAAUCUAUGCAGAAUUUUGUUCGUUUAAAAUCUCGUCAAUAUUUUUGCAUUUUAAUUGAUUCUAUUGCUCAAAAUUCGGUUGAAAUUGAUCAGUUUGCUCGUUCAGCAGAAAAUGAGUCAAGUAAUCGUGAUAGAUUAAGCGGUCUUGUUGAUGAAUAUAUUGAUUAUGUCCAUUAUCUCAAUGAUAUAUUUCUCGCUAAAGUUGCUUUGCUGUCUGAAAUCAUAUUUCAACACCUUCUGGCUCCUCUUUAUUUGUGUUCUCUUUGCACAGUUCGUUUGUGCUGUAAGGCUGUUCUCAUAACUCCUGUUUCGGCAUUAUUUUUCUUGUCAAAUUUUCUUCUUAUAAUAACGGAAUCACAGGUUUUUGAUUAUUAUAAAAAUAUAUUAUUUAUAUUUUUGAUCUGGACUGAUGUCCAUUUUAUGGUAUUCUUUGAUCAUUCAUCUUUUUUUGGUAUUUUGCUUCUGUAUAACAUUAGAUUCUUAAAAAAAUUUAACUUGUGUGAUAUGGGACUGUUGAGAAUAGAAGUUUUUACCGUUUCAGAUUCUGCUGUAAGGACAAUUACAGUUGAGCUUUGCUGCAUCGUACUUCGCCAGCUAUUAUUAGAAAUUGUAAAUACUUUGUCAUCCGUCGUCUACUCGGAAGAUUUAUUUCUUGAAAUGUUUGAAGAUGAAUAUUAUCAUUUUGAAGUACAUUUUCAAUUUAUUUUAUUUUUCGUCGACCCGUCAUUACUUCUUCCUCCAUCAAAUACUCCUCUCAGCGGAGUCCAGUUGAAAAAAAGGUUACCUAGCGGUAAUGAAGAAAGAAUACGAAGGUCAAUUCAACUUUUCUUCCAUAUACGCAAAUUUAUAUUUGAUUUAAUGGGUAAGAGUGAUAUUUAUUUGCCACUUUCAUCAGCCGAUAAUGCUGCGGUGGAAUUAAACGAUUGUAUCAAUUUGGAUAAUAGUGAUUUAUUAUCAUGUACUGUGGUAAUAAGUAAAUCCGAAAGGCUUCAGAGAUUUCUUGUAGCUGACCAGAUCCAAUUGAUUCUUGUGGAGCCAGAUAGCAAGCGGCUUGGUUGGGCGAUUGUUCGUUUUGUUGGAUUACUUCAGGAUACUCAUAUAACUGGUGAUCCAAGUGACAGUCGUGCUUUGCAUAUCGUGGUUAAUGACGCACGCAGUCGUUCUGAAAAACGUACUGAUCCUUUGUUAACGGCGAAAUUCAUAUUCGAUGAUCACAUUCGUUGUAUGGCUGCCAAGCAACGUUUGACAAAGGGACGUCAAAAAGCACGUCAAUCUAAACUGGAUUUAAUAUGUGAUUUGCUGGAGAUGCCAAAAAAGAAUAGUUUUGUUGUCCAUAACAAAAAUCCGUUUCGCAUUGUAAGAGGGUGUGUUCCGGGUUCUAUCCGUAAACAGUUAUCAAGGAGUCCGUCAAGCGCUAAAUCAUCCAGCACUUCUUUAAAUAUCGUCCCAGAUGAUCCGAAGCCUGAACAAAGUCCAUCGUUUUACAGAAAAUUGCAUGGAAUCCAAGAUUUAUAA